AUGUGGCAGCAGGAGCAACAGGCAGCAGCACUAAGCGCUGGUGACAGGGGUAGCAUCCUUGCUACACCCGUGAUUACCGGCGCCUCUCGGUUUCAUGUGGUAUUCAGUCGCAACAGCGGCUCUCGUAAGCAACGGGCUAAGCGGGAGGGUGCGCUUUCCGUCGCCUACGACGUUUCUUAUUUGUACGCCAAGGACAAUAAGGAGUGCGUGCUGCGGUGCAAAGCUGCGGGGCAGGGGCCGAACAAGAUCUUCACGUGCAUGCAGCGCGCGCACCGUGGGGCGGACUGGGUGGUGGGGACAGAGCUGAGCCUGUGCGGGUUCGACAUGCUGGUGGAGGAGGUAAUGGAGCUUCACUUGAUUCCAUACGAGGAGGACGUAGAUGCCGCUGGCGCCGACAGUUUGGAGGGUGGCGCUGGUUGUGGCAUCGUAACCCUCUGUCGUACCAGCGCUCCUACCGCUCCCAUGGCAUCGUCUGUGCAGUCCUUCUCCGCUCCUGCUCUUUUAGGCCCUGGGGGAGGGCGUACAGCUUACGCACAGCCCCGCAUGUCUUUUCUGCGGCACCGGAAGCCUCUGCACGCCACCGCGGCCAUGACACCAUGGGCCCCGCACGACAACGACCCACCGUCACCGAAGAGGUUUGAGGGUGGGGGUGUGCCGUCAAUUUAUGCGCAGUCGGAAUGCCUUGCGCUGAAAAUGGGUUCGGUGUCUAUGGGUGCCACUCUCACUGCUCACUCUCCGACGGACUCGCCACUGCUAGCGCCCCGCGACGAGCGCUGCGUUGAUGGCAGUGUGGAUUCAGAUUGUUGCUCUCUUCUCCAACGUCAGCAGCGCCGGCGGCGUCGCUCUGCCACGUCCCUCGCACGGGAGUUAGAGCGGUGCUAUCCUCAGUACUUUUAA